AAGUCUUUUAAAAAACCUAUUGAGACAUUCAGGGCUUCCGUAAAAUAAUAAUACAUUUGAUAUCCUGCAGAGAAAGAGGGACAUUCACAACGAGUGGAAGUCAAAAUUGUUUUAGACCUUACAUAAUUCAAGAUUUGUUAAACCAAUUUCCAUAAUGGCAUUAUAUUCAAGAAUGUGCUCCAAAUCAUUUGCAUCAAGUGCUUUUGGUUUAUAUCGAGCAAGUCUUCCACAGUUGAUGAAAAACCCGAAUAAACCAUGGAAUGGAAUUGUUACCGCUACAAUGAAAACAUCUGCGAUUAAAAAUGCCGUACUCGAGGAUCAUAAUGAACGGAAUUUAAAACUUGGUCGACCACAAUCACCUCAUUUAACAAUUUAUGCUCCACAAUUGACAUCCAUGUUGUCAAUUACGCAUAGAUUUACAGGUGUAGCUUUAUGGGGUUACGCAACGAUAUUUGGUGUAAGCGCCUUAUUUAUGCACGAUUUCGAAACAGUAGCGAGAACAAUCGAAGGUUGGGAAUUACCAGCCGUUGUACUAUUAGCUGGAAAAGGUAUCAUUGCAUUCCCAUUUGCCUAUCACACAUGUAAUGGAAUCCGACAUUUAUGUUGGGACAUGGGCAAAUUUUUAACAAUUAAAGAAGUCUAUUUAACUGGUUAUGCAAUGUUAGGAGCAUCCGCUUUGUUAACAGGUGCUCUACUUGCAAUGUAAUUCUCGAAACAUUAGUAGCCCAAAACGAAAUUAAUAAUUAAUUCGAAUCUUGUAAACCUUUCUAAAAGGCAAUUCUUUUUUUAUUAAAAUGAUUUCUCUCCCUCCGGUUCUUUCGGUUUCUUCCGUUGUUUUUGUGUUCUGUUCUGUUGUAGUAUAAUUGAUUAUUAAUUA